GCAGAAGCGUUUUCCUCAGUUCACGUGUAUAUUAUUGUUUUAUUUUGUUUUUGUUUUUGCGCACUGUUGUGCUUAUUUAAAGAGGAAUGGAGCAGAAUAACUCCACCACUUUUUUUAUAAGCACUCCUGGAUUUUGUUCCGAUUGUGGAUCAAUUUUGCCAUUAUUAAGCGAUAGAGGAAAUGUAAAUUGUUAUACUUGUAAAAGAAGUUGGGGACCCGAAGCUUUUGGAGACAUGAAAAUGUCAUACACUGUUCAUUUUAAUUCAAAAAAUACUUAUGCUUCAUCAAAACAAAAGGACAAAGAGGAAAAUGCAGAUGGUCCAAUUGUUGAAAGAAAAUGCCCUCAAUGUCAGAAUGAUAAAAUGUCAUAUGCUACAUUGCAAUUGAGGUCAGCGGAUGAAGGACAAACAGUAUUUUAUACAUGUACUAAAUGCAAAUUCAAGGAGACAGAGAAUUCGUAACAUAAAUUUUUAUUAUACAUUUAAAUUUUUACAUGCAACACCAUUUAAUUAAUUGAUUG